GUAUUUUUUGAAGAAAACGGAAAAGCAAAUCUUGUCAGUUAGCGAUAUCAACAAAGUGAAUGAGGAACUUCCAAAUGGAUACCAAUUGAAAAGUCAAGAAGAAAUUCUCGAUUUUCUAUCAUUUUUCCAUGGGCAUGGAAUGCUACUCUUUUUUAAUGAUCAGGAACUGAGAACGCAUGUUAUUCUUGACAUACAGUGGUUUUCGAAUGCAUUCAGUAAACUAAUUGCGGACGAGGACCACAUCAGCAGAGACUGCCAACGAAUAUACAUUGAAGAAUGGAAUAGUUUCAAUGCCACAGGAAAUCUGAAGAAUUCACUGAUAGAUGCCUUGUGGGAAGAUGAAUUAUAUGUUCAACAUAAGACAGAACUUAUGUCAUAUAUGGAGAGACUACGAAUGUUAGUCAGCAUCCAGAAAACCGAAGACGAAAUCUCUUGGUAUGUCCCCUGCAUGAACAAUAAGCCUUUCACACGUCAUGUCUUAGACAGGGAAUGGGAGUACUCAUCUGUUUUGUGUUUUCGAUUUAAAUCCUUUGCCUUGUUCAUAUAUUACAGACUUAUUGCGUAUUGCAUGAGUUUCCUAAGGUGGAAAGUGCAGAUGGAUAAUGACAAUAGUCCAUGUCUGUAUCACACAGCAGCAAUUUUGAAACCAGAAAUCACACAGUUCUUGUUGGUAUUUUUGAGAACGACAUCCAGGUUCAAGUGUUGAGAAUCAAAAACCUUCAACCCAAAGAUUCCUGCCUCAUUGGGAAAACUGUUGAAAAUGCCUUAACAGAAUUGACAAACUCAUUUGAAAAACAAUCCUUCCAAAAGGGUUAUAAAUGUCUCAACAUUUUCUGUAGUAAAUUGGAUACAACAUUCAUUCCAGAAAACGAACUCUCCGGGAUUCAGUGCAAUUGCCCAGUUGGAAAGGAAAAACAUGAAAUAAACGUACGGUGGACUUUAGCAUUCUGGAGAGAGGUAAUGUCCUCUACAGGAGUUUUUGGCGACCGUACUAGAUUUGCUAAAUUGGGGAUGGCGAUAAUCGAUGUAUUAACACAGACACUUCGAGACAUUUUAGAAAAAGAGAUCCCCUCUACACAUAUUUAUGGAAAAGUGAACUCAACAAAACUACCAAAAGGCGUUAAAGGUCCAAAUCCUGAACAAAAGAAACUUUUGGAUGACGCAAAAAAGUAUGGGUAUCAGAAGUUUGACAUUAUUCUUUUGUAUAUGCUUAUAAGAAACUACUGCUCGAAAAUCGAUAAGCCCACAAAUGAUUGGGGUUUUAAAACCUUACCAGCAGCAGGGGAGAUAACUGUUGGUGAUGAUGUGGAGAGGAUCCGACUGAUUCGAAACGAAGUGUACGGUCACGUGAGUUCAGCCUCUGCCUCACAAGACGAAUUUGAUGAAAACUGGUCAAUCAUCUCCGAUAUCUGCAGACGACUUAAAAAAUUCGAACACGGCGAUCACGUUAGGAGCCACAGAGGGCGCUCUCAGGAGACACAAUUACCCCGGUCUCAUCUGACAGCGUGGGAGCUCCGGUACCUAGAUUUACCCCGCUCUGAGUGUGGACCCCGCCCCUGUACGCCUUUCUUUAGUACGGAGUCGUGGGUGGCAUUGAUCGACCAGAAUAAAUCAGGGAUUUAUCACAGUCUAGCGUCAGACAUGGUAACCAUGACAACUGUAAUGCUGUUUUGCUGCUUAGGAACAUUAACACAGGGUUUAAAGGGAAGCAACUCUACAAAGUCAGACGAACCGCCACCGGAAGCAGACGACAAGAUUAUUCUGAUUGUGAUCGGGGUCAGCGGGGCUGUCAUCAUCGUCAUUGUUGUCGUCGUCAUCGUCGUCAAAAAACGGAGGAAAGCGAACAGUCAGGCCCGAAGACGUCCGAAAAUCCGCUACAACAAAGCAUCGGCUGGGACGUCCUAGUAAAAAACUGUGCAUAGAGGUGUCCCGAAUGGUCAUGUAACUAUAAAAUCUCGAUUCAAAACGUCCAAAACUUAACGAUGUGUACGGAUGUGUUGGUCAUGUUACUAUUAAGGCUCGACCAAAACCUCCACAACUUUACGAUGUGUACAGAUAUGUUCCGAAUAUAACAUUAGGAUGAAUUAUUAUUGAGUAAAUGGCGUGUGGAAAUCUAUGUAAAUAUGUGUGUGUGCGUGUUUGUUCGGAGUGACGUUUUGAUGUCACGAUAUCAAACACAUAUUUUAGGAAUGAAUGUUACGGAGUAUAUAUAAUUGAUAUUCAUGUAAGUAUUAUUUCGUUUGAUCAGUAUGAUCAAUCAGUAUCUAAAAGGAAAUAUAUUCACCUCGCCCUCCGAACUCGGUAAAUAUUGUUUACCUCUGAGUGCUUAUUGGUGUUAACCAAGUAAAUUGAGUUGAUGCUUUAAAGCAUGAACACCACAGACAAAUAUUUCAGAUUAAAUUCUCCUCCAAUAACACCACAGAAACUUGAAUAUUCGUCAUUACAGUUAGCUGCAUCUCAAACAAUAUGAAUGCAUUAAAUGAUGAAAUGAAAUCAUCAGUUUACUAACUUGGAUAUUCCUUGUUGUCGGUGAUUGUAUUAUGAAACAUGUAAAACUGUAAGAUAUAUGUUGACUAUAUCGAACGAGAAAGAUUUCUUAACCGUAUGUUAAACAUGCACGACCUUUUAUCACUAUGCUGUUCAUUUGUAUUAUAAGUUCGUUAUAUUUUACCUAUUGUAGCCAUUGCUAUCUUAUAAGCUUUAUUUAGACUGAUGUCUUUAUAAUUAAUAAACUGUUCACCUAACUAUUAAAAUUCUUAA